GCUACUCCAGCACACGUGAUCACCUCACCGCCGCCUGCUACCGCACCAUGGCCCAGUCACUGCCUCGGCUAUCUGUUCCGGCGGUGCUGGCCCUGGGCUCGGCCGCCCUGGGCGCCGCCUUCGCCACUGGUCUGUUGCUGGGGAGACGGUGGCCUUCGUGGGGAUCCAGACAACAGCGCCUGUUGCCCCCCGAGGACAGUCCCCUGUGGCAGUAUCUGCUGAGCCGCUCCAUGCGGGAGCACCCGGCGCUGCGGAGCCUGCGACUGCUGACCCUGAAGCAGCCGCAGGGGGAUUCCAUGAUGACCUGCGAGCAGGCCCAGCUUCUGGCCAACCUGGCGCGGCUCAUCAAGGCCAAGAAAGCUCUGGACCUGGGUACUUUCACGGGCUACUCCGCCCUGGCGCUAGCCCUGGCGCUUCCCGAGGCUGGCCGCGUGGUGACCUGCGAGGUGGACACGGAGCCCCCGGAGCUGGGGCGGCCCCUGUGGAAGCAGGCCGAAGCGGAGCACAAGAUCGACCUUCGGCUGCAGCCCGCCCUGCAGACUUUAGAUGAGCUCCUGGCGGCGGGAGAGGCCGGAACCUUCGAUGUAGCGGUGGUGGAUGCGGACAAGGAGAACUGCACCGCCUACUACGAACGCUGCUUGCAGCUGCUACGCCCUGGAGGAGUGCUCGCUGUGCUCAGAGUCCUGUGGCGCGGAGAGGUGCUGCAUCCUAAACCCAAGGACAAGGCUGCUGAGUGCGUGCGGAACCUGAAUGAGCGCAUCCUGCGAGACACCAGGGUCUACAUCAGCCUCCUGCCCCUGGGUGACGGGCUCUCCUUGGUCUUCAAGAUCUAAAGAGAACCCCAGCCAGUGACCCUAGUUUUAAACCUGACAAUAAAAGGACUAGGACACACCA